UUAGUAGUGAUUUGUUGGAUCUCUCGCAAAAAAACAAAAUGGAUCACUCGAAACGCCGGGGGUUGGCCCCAAAAGUGUCGGUUCCGUUGAAGGAAGAAUGCACUUCGUACCGGGUGCAUAUAGCGCUUUGUUUGAUCGUCGCAAUGGUGCUGCUUUCGCUCCCAACGCUUUGCGGAGCCCACGGGCAUCAGCAUUCGCAUGAUGAUCACCACCAUCACCACGAGAGCCCAAGCUUUAAAUAUUCGAUGGAAGCCAACCAAAUGAACGAUGACCCAAUUCCUGAUCCACAUCAGCAGCAUCACCAUCAUCAUCAUCAUCAUCAUCAAGAAAGUAAUGAUCAUGGGCACCACGACCAACAUCACCAUCACCAUCACGAGAGGCCUGCGGCACACAAUAAGGAACCGAGAGAUACCUUUUAUAUUUGGGUUCACUCUCUUGGCUCGACGCUGCUGAUCAGUGCGGCUCCCUUCUUCAUUCUCUUCGCCAUCCCACUGGACAACACGGAGGAAAUGCAGCCCCGUCUGAAAACGUUGCUUGCCUUCGCCUCCGGUGGGCUACUCGGGGACGCCUUCCUGCACUUGAUUCCACAUGCCAUCCAGCCUCACUCGCAUGACGAGGGCCACGGACACAGUCAUAGCCACGGCCACAGCCAUGGUGGGCGCACCGAUGACGGGGAACACGCACCUCACGGGCACGACAUGCGCGUCGGACUGUGGGUUUUGGCGGGCAUUAUCGUGUUCCUGGCAGUUGAGAAAGCCGUUCGAUUGAUCAAGAAAGAAGGCGGACACGGCCACAGUCAUGGUGGCGGUGCAUCGAAACCGGCCGCAGUACAACCAAAGCCAAGCGGGGGCUCCUCUCCACCACCGUCUCCGGGGGCAGCAGAGAAGAAGAACAAGAAAAAGGAUCAAAAGUCGGAACCGGCCACCGGUAAAUCAAACAAGGAGGAGGCUAAAGCAAAGGGAAAAGCCGUGCGGAAGGAAUCGAAGAAAGAGGAACCGAUUAAAAUCGCCGGAUACCUCAAUCUGGCGGCCGAUUUCACGCACAAUUUUACUGAUGGUCUGGCGAUCGGUGCUUCGUACCUGGCUGGCAAUAGCAUCGGAGUCGUGACGACCGUCACCAUUCUGCUGCAUGAAGUGCCACACGAAAUCGGUGACUUUGCCAUCCUUAUCAAAUCUGGUUGCUCGAAGAAGAAGGCGAUGCUGCUUCAGUUGACCACGGCUGUCGGGGCGCUCGCCGGUACGGUGUUGGCCCUGCUGGGCAGUGGGAGUGAGGCAGCCGAUUCCUGGGUGCUACCGUUCACCGCCGGUGGCUUCAUCUACAUUGCCACCGUUUCGGUUAUUCCGGAACUGCUCGAGGAGUCGACCAAACUGUGGCAAUCGCUAAAGGAAAUCGCGGCAUUGCUAGCUGGCGUCGGAAUGAUGGUAAUUAUCGCACAGUUCGAGUAGAAGGCCAGCAAAGUGGCCACCCUGUGGUCGUUUUGAUCAUCUGGUGUCUUUUCCGUACGUUCGUCCGUGUCUGUGCGUCCCAUUUCUCUUUGCAUGCGCCUGCAAACUCUUUAUCUGUUAGUCGUCUGUAUCUUAGUUAGUGUGUACGUUGAUCCUGGCAUCAGGAAAGCGUAGUUACUUAUUCACAACGCCAGAGGUUUACGCUUUCAUUUGCCAUGCGCCUCGGAUGAACCAGAAGUAGCGACUUAAUUUGGGCUCUAGUUUGGCCCCUUCUUCCACAUGUAUUUGUCGGGCACCAUUUCGAUGAUCGUUCGAUGAUCGUCACGUGCUGCUCGCGCAUAUGGGAAAUUAAUUCGUACAGUGUGUGUCACCCAGUUCAUUUGUUCUGUAAAGGCUAAGAAGGUUAUUUGCCCACUGCAAAUGUUUCCAUAACAGUCGGAGUAAGAGAUAAAAGGGUGACCAAGAGCGUCGUGGAUAUAUUUCUAUUUUUCUAAUUAGGUGUAUUGAUCAUGAGCAAAAGAAAAAAAGAGAGCAAUAUUAAUAAUGUUAAUACAAAUAAAAUGAACAAAAGAGACACUCUAAUAGGUACAACUUUGUAUUGUGAUUGAGCCUUUUAAUGUUCCGCAACGUGUCAGUCAUUCGUUGACUAUGUCUUACGUUCCUUGUUCCGAUCUUAUCAUCGGCAGCGGUUGAAAUUUUUCAGUUAGCUUAUGGCCUAGCCUUCCUUGAAGAGGCAGCUGCGACACUGUUGCUGUACCGGUCCCCUUGUGUCGGGCUCGGUAUGCUCGGUGGUUCUGUCUUCGAAGUCGAAGAGUUCAGAAGCAUCUCUUUAUUUCCGAUGGCAUGCUCUGCCAACAUCGAGCGGAUCGUGCAAAAAGUCACGCAUUGCUGAUAACGUUGAUGACCGAUGGACGGUCGAUGAAUUGGCGGCACACCUGCUUUGCGAGACAAAAGACGACCAGUUCUUAUCGUGCCAACAGUAAUAGACACUUUUUGUAACACAAGCGUUUCGAAGAGAUAACAUAGUUUAAUGAAUUCCGACAAUAGAAACAAACAUGUGACUGUACAUUUUUUUCCUAUUUGUUUGUAACUGUUCUUGCUCUGUGUGGGUAGUAGAGGUGACUUAAGAGCGAUCGGUAGCUGUGACCAGUAGGUGACCACUUCAUCCAUUUCAUAUUUCCAUUUCUAGGGAUCAUGCCUUAAGAUAAUUGAACGAACGAUAGAAACAUGAACGACAAAUCAUUACCACUUAUUCAACAGUACACUCGCAAAAGAAAAUCGGAAAACAAAUAUUGUAUUGAAACGUGUUCCGGCCUAGUUAAAGUGAUUUUUACCCAAUCAACAACGGAACCGAAGCUUAGCUUGGGUUGGGUUGGAACUAGUUUUUUAACGUUUUUAUAUUGUUCAUUGUAAAUCGUUGUUCGCAAUGGCAACGCUAUUGCGUCUCUAAAGGGGGGAAUAAAAAAACCUUUAUAUCGCUUAUACGUA